UAUAGGUUCAUUUAGAGCAGUUCUUAGCAUUKUUGGGGGAUCUUCUGCAUUGUCAAUGCCAGAAAGAAUUGUUCUUAAAUCCUUGUUUUUUAGCAUACCUUUUAUCAUGUCACAUUUGCCUGCAAAAUAAAAAAAAGAAUAAAAUAAAGAUUAGGGUUGUACCAUGAAUAUAGUCCUUUUUUUAAUCCACUAUUUAAAUGUAGUUACCUAGUUUUUCUAAGUCAUUUGGUGACAACCUGUCUUCAUCUUCAGAAUCAUCAUCGUUAUCAUCAUGAUCAUCUCUGUCUUUUAUUUGGACUUCUUUUGAUUGAUUGUUGUGUAACUUUGUCAGUCUUUUAUUUGUUUCUAUCUCACAUAACUGAUCUAUUAAGCAAUAAAAUUAUUGUUAGGYUAGCUUAUUUUUACAUGUAAACUUGAAGCUUGAGGCUUGGGUUUUGGAUUUCAGUAAACUUAAACGUUUAUUGCGCGUGUACACAUGUACUCUCACCUUUAUGAGUCUUGAAACAUGUCAACGAACAACUAGAAGGAAAUGAUAUAAUCAGUAUAUCACUGGGAAAAAAACAAUUACGUUCACAAGUUCAWAAUUAUGAUAAAAUGUAAGCUUUAUACAUGUACAACAAGUUUCUCUACACGUGGUCGUUCAACUUACUAUAAUAAGUAACAAGAAGGACAUUUGUAUUUUGAUGAACACUUAUCACAGAUCUGACACAACUUCGUUACUUCUCCGCCCUUCAUUUCCAAGUAACCUUUAGAUUUCCAAGACAAUUUCAAGAAUCAAUACACAUUACAAAAUAUCCGUACUCGUCCGCCAUGUUGAAYUGAGCAGCCAGGCCUUCUGUGCAGAUGUCCUUUGUGGAUUCCAUAUAUGGAAUCUGCAAAUAUACUUGAAAAUGAUAACUUGCCAAUGCUAAUAUUUUAUGGUGUUCAUGACAUAUGUUUUCUGCUUUAUUGCAGUAAGCAUUUUAUAAAUCUUAGCACAAAAUAUUGAAAWAUUUCAAAACAAACUGCGAAAUCAGUGAUUGGUCACGUGACAAAUUUGACUGACGAAAGCGGCGCGAGAUAAAUUUUGACUUGAAGAAGAACCGAAAAUGUCGCUGUUCAAAGCCAGAGAUUGGUGGGCUACUUACUGUGGAAACGAGGAGGAAUUCGAUGCUGGAUGUAUAUCAKUAUCUAACAUAGAUAAUAAUGCUACUCCCUCAGAUAAAAUAGUUGUGGGAAGUUAUCAUGGAAUACUUAGAAUUUUUCAUCCAAGAACACCGGGAUUUAAGGCUGAAGAUCUUAUGUUAGAAAUGCAACUGCAGCAGCCAAUUUUACAAGUUGAAUCGGGAAAAUUCGUAUCAAGCUCUGACAAGAUCCAAUUAGCAAUCCUGCAUCCAAGAAAGCUAGCUAUCUAUAAUAUUUCUUCUGUCUCAGGAGCUGUAGAACAUGGAAAUCAUUAUUCUCUUAACUUGGUUUAUGAGCAUAUUUUGGAACGAAGUGCAUUUAAUAUGACUUUUGGUCCAUUUGGAAGAGUUAAAGGAAGAGACUUCAUAUGUGUCCAAUCAAUGGAUGGCAUGCUAUCCUUUUUUGAACAAGAAAGCUUUGCUUUUAGUAGAUUUAUUCCUAACUUUCUUCUACCUGGACCAAUGACUUAUGUCAUGGAGACAGAUUCAUUUAUUUUAUGUGCUUCAUCUAGACAGGUUGAAGCUUACAAAUAUCAGACACUUGCUGUUGCAACAGAUGCCAGUAACAAAGAAGAUAUUGGUAACAAAAAGAUAUCUGGCAAAAAAUUAACGGUUGAUUGGUCAACAAAUAUUGGGGAAAAUACUCUGGAUGUUCAAGUAUUCACAAGUCAAAACACCCCAUUAUCUAUUGUUAUUUUAGGGGAAAGAUCAAUAUUUUGCUUAAGAGAUGAUGGUACAAUAAGGUUUAUGAAAAAGCUGGAAUAUAAUCCUAGCUCAUUGGCUGUCUACCACUCUGCCAAGGAAGGAUCCAUCAACAUGUUAGUAGCAACGCAUACUAAAUCCUYACUAGUAUAUCAAGACGUCACAUUGGUUUGGGCAGCACAGUUACCACAUAUUCCAGUUGCUGUUAAAGUAGCUACAUUUCAGGAUUUAAAAGGUGUUAUCGUAACAUUAGAUGAUGUAGGAUAUGUACAUUGUGCUUAUCUUGGUACGGACCCAUCCAUGAUGGUUACGCCWGCUCCUGAGGCUAGGGAUAUCAACUAUGAGGAAGCAGACAAUGAAAUGAAAGAUUUGCAACGAAUUAUUAGAGAAUCAACUGUUAGUUCAGAGAUGCUUCCUAAAACUCAACAAAGGGAAGACCUCUUGAUGAAAGUUCAAGUUCCWACGUCAUUAGACAAGCUAUCACAAAGUAUGGCUGACGAGGGUGAUGAAACUUGUCCUUCAAUCACUGUAACUAUUACCCUUGAGUCUCAAGCACUGCGGCCYAUUGAAAAUGUAGUUCUUAGUAUUAAUGCAGACCCACCUUUGGCCUGUAACAGAUCMUCCAUUGUGUUCCCUAUCAUCGGUGACAGGAAGGAACCGGUUUUUGCAGAAGUUGCAUUCUAUUCUCGUGGUGGAAUAAUCCCUGCUUGUCUUGCUGCUCACAUCACAGCAACGUACACAACCACAUCAGAUGCACCACGUGUUGCACAACAAAAAGUGGAGUUACCACUGAAGUUGGUUUGCAAACAGGCUCAACCCAUGAAGAAUGCUACACACAAGUUGACUAUUGAAACAAACAARUCUCCAGCAAACCUGGCUGACAUAUUUCCUGAUAUGGUAGACGAUGCUGUCAUUCCUCUAGCUGCCAUAGGAAUACAGUAUUAUGGUGGGCCAGUUGUUACUGUCUUAGCUUCAAAGACAUCCCAGAGAUAUCGUAUUCAAUGUGACAAGUUUGAAGGGAUGUGGCUAGURCUGUUUCAGCUUGUGCAGCGAUUAGAAGCGCACUUCAAGAAGAUCAGAGAUAAUGUGGCGUUUCGUGCAUCGUUUAUGGGACCACUACCAUUGCAGGAAUAUUAUGAACUUAUAGAUGCUCACUUUGAGCUGAGAAAAAAUCAAAUGAAAUAUCGCGAUGUGUUAGCCAAUCGUGCGCAACAGUUUCGUUCGAUUCAACGUCGUCUACUCACACGUUUUAAGGAUAAAACACCMGCWCCGUUACAGAACCUGGAUACACUAUUAGAUGGCACUUACCGGCAGUUGCUACACCUGAGCGAAGCCGARGAAGACUGCAAACGAGCAAUAGAAGAAGCUGCGGUAGCUUUAUCUUCUGCAACACGUCUUAUCAACUUUCUUAUCAAAUUAUGGACGAACAUGUCRGACAAAGAUUAUGAAGUCUUGGAGACUGUUAUUACACCUCUUGUUUCUCAUAAUGAAGACCAGGGCUGGGAGGAGAUGGUUGACGCUGCAAUAUCGCAUCUAUUGAGAACCUGUUUAUCAAAAAGUGCCAAGGACCAAUCAGUGAGCAUCACGCCACUAAUGAUGCCUAAAGACACGAGCAAGCUAAAGAAACACGUGGCUCUGCUUUGUGAUCGUUUAAAUAAAGGAGGGAAACUGGACCUAACUAUGUCGUCAGGGCAACAAAGCAGCGAUUUACCCAUGAUGCAACAGCAGAAGCAAGUCAAGGCAUUGGAACCUCUCGACGAAAUGCAGGAAGAAGACGACGAGAAUGACGGUACUCCGAAUGGUUCUUUGAGUGAUCUUCCACCUAUUGCUCAUAAGAAAUCUGAUUUAAACAAGCGACUUCACAUCACACAAGGAAGUACCGAAGAAGGUCUGAUAUCUAGAGGUGUUGAAGCAGCUUUGAUUGCUAAUGGUCACGACUCCACCUAACAAAUCAAUUGGGCUUAUUUURACCAAUGAUAGGCUUCGUAUCACGUGAUUUUAGCGGGCUAGUCACGUGACGUCAUAAYCUGGGGGUCUUGCUUCCCAGACGGCAAAAGUUGCGUUACGUCGAUAGAUAUCGCUCGACAAGCUACGUUCGUGAGGAGCCAUUAGUGUGGCGUCGUCAUAUUCAUGGACAGGUCAUGUGAAAACGUUCGUCACAUCAUUCAACCAAAAGCCAUCAUCACAUCAUUCUCAGUCAUUCGCUAUAGAAACGUUGUCACUUCAUUAAUCAGCAGCUAUCGUGUGACAAGCCAUCAUCGACAGCUAAUUCACGCGACAAGCUGCGUGGCAUUCAUUCAUUCGAUGAUCGAAAGUCAUUCACAAAGCCAACUCGGUGUCACUUAGACGUGACUAGCAGUCAAGGAAUUAUAUGUAUAUAAAUUUGCAUGAACUGAAAUUAUCAAAGAGAUUGUACGUCAUUGAAAUUAUUUAAAGAAAACAAAACCAUAAGAGAUACCAUAAGAGAUAGAAUGGUUUUUGUAUGACAUUUGUGAGAAACAAACCUUGCUGCUCGACGGACAUCUAGUGUAACCCUCAACGGUCAUAUGAGAAAACAGGUAGCCAAAUCCAAUAAAUACGGGAAAAAGUGGAGUGACGCCUGCGAUUAAGGCUAGUCUGAAGCUUCGGUACGAUUUCGAUCAUUUUAUUGUGUAUAGUCUACAGUCAUCUKAKAGGCUUGUAGUAAUUUUGUGGGCAAKACAGUUUAGUUUUCAACYCAUAAAGGAUAUGAGGCAAAGAMCACACUGUAGUCCACUGUGGAUGUAAAACCCUGACCACUACAUUACAAUUGUAUGCUAGUUUAUUUAUCAUAAUAUACCUGUUCAAUAAAAUCCGUCGAUUUGA